CUGUGAGAAGAAGAAGAAGAAGAACUAGCCAUUAUCAACGCCCAUUUGUCCGACAGUCCGUGAAGGCAUCAGGCGUCACGCGUUGUUUGCCUUCACAGAGAGCAAACAUGGCGGACGAUGGAGAAUCUCUGGAGUCCUUGCUCAACAAAGCCACCAACCCUUCCAACAGACAGGAAGACUGGGAGUAUAUAAUGGGAUUCUGUGACCAAAUCAAUAAGGAACUGGAAGGCCCACAAAUAUCUGUCAGACUGUUGGCUCACAAGAUCCAGUCCCCUCAGGAAUGGGAGGCAAUCCAAGCAUUAACGGUUCUCGAGAGUUGUAUGAAGAACUGCGGGCGACGGUUUCACAAUGAAGUUGGGAAAUUUAGGUUUUUAAAUGAAUUAAUUAAGGUGGUUUCACCCAAAUAUCUAGGAGACAACGUGUCAGAGAAAGUGAAGACAAAAGUGAUCGAGAUGCUGUACAGUUGGACUGUGUCGCUACCAGAUGAUGCAAAGAUCUAUGAAGCGUACGAGAUGCUGAAGUCACAGGGUAUUAUUUCAGUUGACCCAGAAAUCCGUGUUGAUGUUACAUUAUUACCAUCGUCUUCUCCGCGUCCCGCCAAUCCUGUGUUUGAUGACGAGAAGAAGAGCAAGAGAUUAGCAGAGCUGCUGAAGAGCAAAAAGCCUGAAGAUCUGCAAGAGGCCAAUCGGCUCAUCAAGAACAUGGUCAAGGAGGACGAGGUGAGAACACAGAAAACAAAGAAGCAAAAAAGCACACUGGAGGCGGUCAACAACAGCGUCAAACUCCUUAACGAGAUGCUCACUCACUUCAGUCCGGAAGACUCCACGGACGGAGACAAGGAGCUCAUUAGGGAGCUGCAUGGUGAUUGCGACAAGCUCAGGCAAACUGUGUUUCAGCUCGCUACUGAGACUGAGGAUAAUGACAGCAGCUUGGGAGACAUCCUGCAGGCCAGCGAUGACCUCUCCCAUGUCAUUAAUUCCUAUAAGAAGAUUGUGGAAGGACAGAUUAUCAAUGGUGAGACUGAAGAAGCACAACAAACACAAUUAUCAGUCAGACAAGGUCGCACAAACCAGUCGGAGAUUCUGAUUGACCUCAUGGGUCUGGACAUCCAAAGCGUCUCCCAGCAACCCCCGACAUCUUCCCUGUCUCUUCCUGCUGACCUGCUGUGUGGGUCUGCUGCCACUAAGCCUCCGUUCCCCAGCCCCAGUGCACCCUCUGCAGCACUCUCUCUGCUGGACGAAGAGCUACUAUCUUUAGGCUUCAACGAACCCGCUCCUGUUCCAAGUAAAUCAGCACAUGUAAACCUGAGCAAUCAUUUGCCAUCUUUACAGUGUUUUUUUGUUUUUUUUUUCCAUGUAUUCCAGGAUUCCAGACAAGAUUUAAAUUUUUUUAACACCACUUCACCUUCGGUUCCCACGUUCUCUACAUCGUCACUUUUUCCAGAUGCCCUUUCUGUGACGGUAGCCCCAGUUAGCCCAGCCAAGUCUUCUACACCUGCCUCUGCUUUAAACUUCCCCGGCCCCAUCUUCUCCACCACUCCAGUGUCUACAGUAUCUGUCUCAACAACAUCAGUCGUAUUCCCACAGCCUCUCGGCUCAGUGUUAACCAGCACGGCCCCAGCUGCUCUUCCUCACUCAUUCAGCAUGGGCUCGUCUGCUUCCUCAGCCGCCCCUGUCACUCCACAACAGGUCUCCGCUUCACCUGGAGCGUCCCACAUGACUUCAACUUCUCUCAGUCACAAUCUGCAGGACCUUGCCUUGCUGGAUCUGGGCAGUCCUAAAAUUACACCCGGUGGGAUGGACUUUGGCAGCUUUCGGGUCAAGAGUGAGGAUCCACCCGCUCCUGCUACUCUGUCUUCCAGUCUCGGUGUGAUCUCCACCACAUCCACCUCACUGCUCCUAGGAGGGAUGGCAGGAGGCUCCACCCCCUCACCUGCCAAGAGACCGGCAGACGACAGCCCUCUGUUACGCUCUCUGUCCCCCAUCCUCCCUCUGAGCCAGGCCAGCCCAGGCAAGGGACAAGAGGUGUCCCUGGCCAAUGUCUUUGUCCCUUUGGAUGCCAUCAAACCAAGUAAAGUGAGUCCUGUGACGGCAUAUGACAAAAACGGGGUCCGUGUUCUGCUGCAUUUUGCCACCGACUGUCCGGCGGGCAGACCUGAUGUACUAGUGAUGGUGGCGUCCAUGCUUAACACAGCCCCGCUGCCUGUCGGAAGCAUUGCUCUGCAGGCUGCUGUGCCCAAGACAAUGAAAGUGAGACUGCAGGCACCCUCGGGGACAGAGCUGGCUCCUUUUAACCCAAUCCUUCCCCCCGCUGCCAUCACUCAGGUCGUGCUGCUCUCCAAUCCUCUCAAGGAAAAGGUUCGGAUGAGAUACAAACUGACGUUCACGCUGGGAGAGCAGUCACACUCCGAAGUGGGGGAGGUGAAUGAGUUUCCUUCUGCUGACAGAUGGGGGGCUCUAUAGCCUGGCCUACUGACACUACAAGACAAUUUAAUUUGUCUGUGCAGCUCAAAGGUUGAGAGAAAGGGCAGUAUUGGAAGACUUUUAGGCAAAAUUGGAAGAAUAUAAUAUAAACUCUAAUGGACAUUGAAGGAGUUUUUUUUCUGCUUGAGAUGUCCCCACUGAAGUAGCCAAAGUCCUGUAGCGUACAUCCAGCUUAAACUUUACUACAGUGACAGAGGUAGUCAGUGUGGUGCAGUAACAAGUGGCGUGAAGUGGAUGAUGGUUAUGUAGGAAAAUUGGUGGUAAUGUUAAAUAUUGCUAAGUUAUUAUCAGGUUUUUACUAUUGUUAUUAUUAUUAUUAUCAUUAUUAUUAUACCCUUUUGCUCUCAUUUUUAAUGUUCCUAUUUACUGACAGUGAGCAAAAACACACGUUGAAGGAGAUUGUGAAGCCAGGGGUCAUAUGAACAUGUGGUCACAACCUGCAGUUCACAUGAUUUACUGCUCACUAUGUAUGAUAACAACGUUUAAUGCUGAAGACAUAGGACUGGAGCACACUAGAGCCGCUCUGUUGCUGAAUAAAAUGCACUCACAGAUUGUGCCCAUUAAGAAUUAGUUACUCUCAGUUGACUUUUUUCAAUAUGCCUCACAGUUACUGCUGAAUACGUUUACUUGUCUUUUGAGUUCUAUACAAACUCACAGGUCAGACUCUUGUUAUGCUUUCUAGUCUUUCAGUAUUUAUUGACAUGAAGUGUGUUAUUUAUUUUUUUUGUUUUGGGAGGGAGGUGUCAGAUCUGUUAAUGUCCUGUAUGAUAUUGCAAGCGACAGCUGUAUUCCUUCUGCAUACUCUUCUUAUGAUGGACACUUUCAGUAUUGCAGUAAGAUAGGCACAAAUCAGUAGUGGUCUGUCUUUAAUUUUACCAAAUAUUCAGACGGACAAUUUAUAUUAUGUUAUAUUAUGUAGCAACAGGGUGGAUUCUGAUGAAUUACACGUGUCGUUACAUGUCCAGGAUGUGCACUCUGGCUAGCAUUUUAAUAUAAAAAUGUAAUUCCUUCCAGCUAAAACAGCAGCCUUGUGCCAGAGACAUUAGCCCGUUUUUGUAAGUGCAACAUGAGCUAUAGAGGGCAAGAAUCAAUUGUAUACAUUUAGUGGAUGUGCUUCAAGAAGUGCUGACCAGUUGACAUUAAUCCCUGUAGACAGAAAGGAACAUUGUUUGAUUUUAAUUAAAUGCCGUGCAUAGCUUUGCCCUUGCUCCUGCUGUUAGGCCUUGUUGUGGAAACCAAGCUGGGUAGUUUAUUUGCCCUGGGUCAGCUGUAAAUUAUUAGCUUGUGUGGGAGAUUCCUAUAUCAAACUAGUAAAAUAUUUCUUUGAGUAAGCCUGGAGAAAAUAUUGUAUAUCAAUAGUAAAACAUUGACGGUUAAUUCAAAGCACUAAGCUUACAAUGUGUUAAUCAAAAACUGUGACUUCUUUAUUUUUGUCUUUCUGGGGCCAUUAGUGCUAUAUAGGAGAUUCUCUACAUAUUUCUUAUAAAAGUAUUUAUUUGUCUUAGAUUGUUAAAUGAACUUGUCCUUGCAUAUUUUUUGAAAAGUUAUUUCUGUGCAUGGAAAAAAAAAUAAAGAAUGAGAUGGAUUUAUUUGUAUUACAAUUA